CUUGGUGAUAAGGUAGAUGAGAAUUGGAAUGAAACCUAUACAGCCACAGACAUGAAAUUACCCUCCAUUUGGCCAACACAUGCAAGGUAGGAACAACGGUAUUGGUAUCUGAAUGCCAAUACAGCCGACCAUGCCUGCAAUAAACUCCUGUAACUCAGCGAUCACAAACGCCUUGGUUAUGAGUGCUGGUUCUUCAACUAAAAUGUUUCCUAAUAUGAGAAUAAACCAUAAUUUGAGAAGAUUAAAGAAUCAGGCAACUCGAAGCAAUCAAUACCAAGGAGUCCAAAUAUGCCGGAUAUGUGGAGAGCUUCCUCAAACAAGGUAUAAACAAAAUACCACUUUGAAACAAUGGAUCUGCUGAUGAUUUUUGUUUGUGAUUUUUCUUGGCAUCCCUUUCUGAUGAUAUAUCCCAUUCUAUAUUUCAUCCUGAUAUUCUCAGAAGCAAUAUUAUCUAAAAUGAAAAUGUGGGAUUUGGAAAUAAACUAAGACUUGUAUACAUUAAUAUUUACUAUUGGAU